GUCGCUUCUUCUUUGCACCGCUUUCAACUUGUCAAUAAUGGCCACUAACCCAUUAGCUGGCCCAUCAGCCCUCAAGGAUAUCGUCCAUCCUCAGUUCCACCAGAACAACUUUCCAGAAGAACUCUAUGUAAAAAAUGAACUUGGUCUCAAGCUCGACAAAGACGAUCAAAUAUGUCGUCUGUCCUUGACCCCAACUGGAUGUCCAUUGGGACCACUCCACUGUCCUUUACGUCAUACAACGCCCUCUUCACAGAACUUUCAGCCCCCAAAGCAGUUACCCACACAUCCUCGCGAACGAGAACGUUUAGCUACAGUCUGUAAACAUUGGCUACGUGGUUUGUGUAAAAAGGGCGAUGCGUGCGAGUUCUUGCAUGAGUACAAUCUCAGGCGGAUGCCAGAGUGUUGGUGGUAUGCAAAGUACGGUUAUUGCUCAGCAGGAGAUGAAUGCCUCUAUGCUCAUCCCAAGGAACGCCGUGUUGAAUGUCCUGAUUACAAACGCGGGUUCUGCAAACUAGGACCAACAUGCCCUCGCAAGCAUGUUCGCCGUGUCGCCUGUCAACUCUACCUAACCGGUUUGUGCCCCCUAGGUCCAGACUGCCCUCGUGGCCAUCCGAAACCUGACUUACCGCCACCAAAAUCAUACGAACCUCCAUCACCGCCUUCAAAUCGUGACCUUGGCCCGCCGCCACCAGGAUAUGGUCGGUAUGCUGAUUUCGAUCGGGGAGCCAUGGGUCCGCAGGCGACGUCGCACAGUGGAGGACCGAACGGUAGUGGACCACCUCGUAGAAAUCUCGAUGAAGUGCUGUGUUUCAAGUGCGGAGAAAAGGGGCAUUAUGCCAAUCACUGCAGGAAUCGUAAUGUACCAGGCAAUCGCGGUGGUUUAGAUCGUGCCAAGAGGUUCGGCAUGGAAGAUUGAUACCAGGCACCCAUUGCCUCGUGAAUGUACUUUGUUGUGCCUCGGAAUGAACCUGUCACCUUGAGAGAAACGACACACAUAUGUGCAAGCGUCACCAACUACACGAAGUGGCGACUUCCGUCACUCCAGGUACCUGCUGAUCAGUGCACCUGAAAUAAUUCCCUUUUUCUAACAAGGUUCAGACCUUCCUCCUGCCGAUGCCUAACCAUGUCAAGUACGCCUGGGAGGGGCCAUCUUAUUUUCGUUGAAAUGCAGCAUUAUACAUACAAGUACUAGCACCGAGAAGCAUCUUGGCCAGGCCGGAACAAAAUCCAUAUGCGGGAUAUGAACAAAUGUCGUGAUAUAUCAUGUCAAA